AAAAGGCCCCGCCCCUUCUGUCCUAGCGCCCCGGAGUCCCUGGAGGCUGCCAGGAGCCUCCCGCUGGCAGAGCGCUGCCAGCGGGUAUUUGCAGGUGUGGGCCUGGCUGAGCACUCUCCGCCUGCUUAUCUGCUGGUCUUCUCGCUGGCGGUCCAGUCCCAGGGCGAGAACUUGGACCCGCGAGGUGCAUCGCCGGAGUCCGCGCAGUGCUCAUGGACGUGGCAGGGGACCCCGAGGGCCCAGGGCCCCCAGGAGGUGAUGGCCCUCCAGGAAGUGCAAGAGAGACACCCAGCCGGCUUUCCAGAGAACAGCUUUUUGUAUUGAUAUCGGCAGGUUCCCUUAACUUAGGUUCUAUGAUGUCCUAUUCUAUCCUUGGACCCUUUUUCCCCAAAGAGGCUGAAAAGAAAAAAGCCAGCAAUACAGUUAUCGGUAUGAUCUUUGGAUGUUAUGCUUUGUCUCAAUUGCUGGCAUCUUUGGUAUUUGGAAAAUAUCUUGUACAUAUUGGAGCAAAAUUUAUGUUUGUAGCAGGACUGUUUGUCUCAGGAGGAGUUACGAUUCUCUUUGGUUUAUUGGACCAAGUUCCAGAAGGACCAAUAUUUAUUGCUAUGUGUUUUCUGGUGAGAAUAACAGAUGCAAUAAGCUUUGCUGCAGGAAUAACUGCAUCUUUUUCUAUCCUCGCAAAGACUUUUCCAAAUAAUGUGGCCACGGUAUUGGGAAGUCUUGAGAUAUUUUCUGGACUAGGACUAGUGCUAGGGCCUCCUCUAGGUGCCUUGUUGUAUCAAUCCUUUGGCUAUGAGGUGCCUUUUAUUUUUCUGGGAUGCAUAACUUUGCUGAUGGUACCACUCAACAUGUGUAUUCUACCUAAUUAUGAGUCUAAUCCAGGUAAACACUCAUUCUGGAAACUCAUCACUCUCCCCAAGGUUGCCCUUAUCUCCUUUGUCAUCAACUCGCUUAGCGCUUGUUUUGGCUUCCUGGAUCCUACCCUGUCUCUCUUUGUUUUGGAGAAGUUUAAUUUACCAGCUGGACAUGUGGGACUGGUCUUCCUGGGUUUGGCACUGUCCUAUGCCAUUUCUUCACCACUCUUUGGUCUACUAAGUGAUAAAAUGCCACAUCUAAGAAAAUGGUUUCUGGUUUUGGGGAACUUAAUCACAGCAGGGUGCUACAUGCUGUUAGGACCUGUCCCAGUCUUGCACAUUAAAAGUCAGCUUUGGCUGUUGGUGCUGAUAUUAGUCAUAAAUGGCAUCUCGGCUGGCAUGAGUAUAAUUCCAACUUUUCCGGAGAUUCUCAAUUGUGCAUAUGAAAAUGGAUUUGAAGAAGGAUUGAGUACCCUGGCACUGGUGUCAGGUCUGUUCAGUGCCAUGUGGUCAGUUGGUGCUAUUAUAGGACCGACGCUGGGUGGAUUUCUGUAUGAGAAAAUUGGUUUUGAAUGGGCAGCAGCUAUACAAGGACUGUGGGCUCUGACAAGUGGAUUAAUGAUGGGCUUGUUUUAUCUGCUGGAGUACUCAAGGAGAAAAAGAGUGAAAGUUCCAAAUACCCUGGGCACAGAGGAGGAACGAACUGCUCUCUUGUCUGAUGAAAUCUAGCCUUGAGUAUCUGGGAUUGAUACAAGGUUUGGAGAUGGAGGUGCCUUGCCUUGAACAUUAAAGUGGCAAAGUGAAAAGUUUUCUUAACUUUAUGCACAGAAUUCCAUGAACCCUACACCAGCAUCCUGGAAGUGUCCACAUGUUUUUGUAUGAUCUGUGUUGUGCCACAUUCACUAUUGCCCUUCAAAUCUGGCUUGCGGAACAAGCCAGAUUAGAAGCAUUCAGUUCAGAAGAGUAGUUGAAAAUCAGAAGAAGUUGGUGUUUUAAAGUGACCAAACUGAGCCUUAAGAUAUUAUUGACUCUGGGUCUGCUGUUUCCUCUGAUUACUUUCCGUUCUAAAUGCACUGAUUCUGUGAAUGUACCUUUUUAUAUUAACAGGGUAAGAAAUUAUAUGCUUAAGGGAAAUAAUUGAUAUGGUUAAAAUAAUAUAAAGAUGAUUCAGUAUAUGUAGAACAAUAACUAUAAAUUCAGUUUGUAAAAUAUAUGCCUUAUCUGUGUCCUGAGAUUUUCUUGUUGAAAGGCUAAAUUCCCACCUACCGUGUAAAAACUCUAUCAUUUCCUGGCCCUCAGCUCUUCUAAAAAUUUUGUUUGUAUGGAAGGUACAAGAAUAACAUUACUCGAGACUUUCAUUUUUGUAACAUGCUUUCAAUUAUGAUCUGGAUUUAUAAACAGUGCUUGGUAUAACAUUGUUCAUUUCCCUUAAUGUCACUGUGUCAGUUCUACCAUUUGUUUUUUGUUUGUUUUUGUUUUUUAAACAUAUUCCUAUAAUCAUCCAUUCCUAGAACAGGUGACCUCACACGAGUGCUUGUUAUAUGAUAGGGAAAGGGUUUCUCCGACUUCCUGUAAAAUCCAUGCUGUUGCUUGAAGUGAGACAAUUUCUAUUGUGCAACUUGCAUACCUCCUGAUCCAUUUUUGUGGUGUAGUAGACACAUUUCCUUUUAAAAAAAAAUAGAAGAAAUGGUUUUAUCUAUUUACGUAUUCAAAAUUAUUUAUUGAAUGCCUUCUCUGAACUGACACUGUGGUAGGUGCUGGGGAUUUCACUGUGAUGAAGAUAAACACAAUCUCUGCCUUUAUUUUUUUUAAAUCUAAUAUUGCAGUGGAAGGGACAAAUAAUAGAUAAACACCAGAAUCUCUAAUUAUCUCACAGAGAUGCUAGGAAGGAAAACAACAUGGUGAAGUGAGAGAGGAAUUUUCUGGCGUCGGUUAAGUGUGGGGUCUUAAUUUCGACAAAGACAAAGCUUCUCCAUGGAGGUGGGACUUUUGAACUAAGAUCUGAAAUGUGAGAGUGAGGCAGCCAUUCUGAGGGGAGAGCAGACAAAAGGGCCUGACAUGGUCAAAAAUGACACAGUGGACCACAUGCCUGGAGUCUCUAGUAAGCAGAGAAGAUUGGGGAAGUGGAGGGUCGCCAGACUUUGAUUGAUAUUUCAGGAAGGUCAUUGUGUCUUCAUGUGGGUGUGAAUGGGGACGUGAUUUAGCAGGGUUGGAGGGAGAGCUUUGGAAGCUUUGAGAGAGACAGUGGUUUGGAUCCGGGAGGUGGUGGUGCAGAUGGAGAGCAAAGGGUUUUGUUUGGAAGUGGAACAAACAGGACUUGCUGGCGUGGAGGGAGAAGGGGAGAAGAAUUUAGGGUGACUCCUAGGUUUUGGCAUGAAGGUAUGGGUGGAUGGCAGUGCCUCUUAGUGAGAUGGGGAAGAUUAGGAGGAA